AGUAAAGUAUUUUGUUUGGACCAAGUAAAAUCAGAAUAUGUCGCAACCAAAGCCAAAUAAGCCGCUGGUUUUGAACGACCUGCUGUUGCAGAAUGUGAACACCUGGGGCAAUGUGCAGUACAACAUCCCGUUACGACUGUCGAGCAAUGAGACGAGGACGUCGACAAGCAUCGGUCAUAGAGAGAUUCCUGCUAUCCCUCAUAGCUUGGAUUGUAAAAUCGACGAUCCUUUGCCGAAACGCGUGACCGGCCGAGACAUGGUUGUGGAAAAGGAGUCCUACCGCACUACCACAGGGGAAUACUGCGUGAAACCCAACCCCAACAAAGCCAUGGAGAGAGCUGAUUGUGGAAUCAAUUGCCGCAGAGUUAUUUACAUGACUGGUGUGGAGAAAAGGUUACAAGGCCAGAACAUCGUACAACCGACCAUCAUAUCGGAGAUGAAGGACUCGUACAGAGGAGUGAAGAGGACGCCUACAGCGCCGCCGGAGAUAACAGUGAAAGCUCCCGAUCCUGAAUAUAUCUUCGAUGUUGUUGCAGCUGGAAGAAAUGAAGCCCCAGUAAUACCGGGAAACGCCGCAGGGUUCCGUAGACUUCUUGAUCCUUACGUCACCACUAACAGAGCAUAUCACAAACCCUUCUCAGUUGAAGACCAGUAUGGAAUUGGUGCCAAAGAUCAAAUAACAUUUUAUUCAGAGUUCAAUGUGCCAAAAGUUCGUGGUUUUGGUCCUCGUUAUAAAGAGAUCUGGAUGCCACUGACAGCGAAGGUCCACAGAGCUGUUUAUGACAGAAUACAUGUUAAGAGAGAAUGCAAGGAAGUUGCAGCCAGUCACAACCCCGUCAAUAAUAUAAAAGGAGUCUUUGAGUCCGAAAUGAAGAAGAAAUACAGGGUUCCCUUUGCGUCGUCACCUUUAGCAUCUUGGGGCCAUGGAGAGAUGUUCGACCUGGCACCGUUCCCACCCAACCCUUACCAGACAAACAUUGCGCCGUUUAUGUAUUGCAGCGACUACUGCCAUAUUGCUCAAGGGACUCCGCCCUACACUGUAAUAGACCAGCUAAAGCAUGAUAGGAAAGCACAUGUGCCACCUACAAACCAAUAUAUUGUAUCCAGGGAUUUCGUUGUAUGAUCAACUUUGGACUUCAUAUCUUACAUUAAAUUAAAACAAAUGAAAGCUUUCGAUGAGUUUUCUUUAUGGACAAGGAAGACAUACGAGCGUACGGGUCACCUGGUGUUAAAUGAUCACCGCCGCCCACAUUCUCUUGCAACACCAGAGGAAUCACAAGAGCGUUGUCGGCCUUUAAGGAAGGUGUUUUUUCUUUUCAAAAGAAAUAGCUUGGUCCAACAAUAAAAUGUCAGAAAUUAUUUAGGAUUAUUAUAACCUGUGUUUUUUAUAUAAGAG